CGCCGCUCUCCGGCAGGCGGCGGCGUAUAUUGCCGAGCAACGGAAGCGGAGAAGGCCCGGGCGGCGCGCAGAGCCACGGCUGAACUGCAGCAGCGGCGGGGCAGGGCUGGGCUCCGCUCUCUCUCUCUCACACACACACACACACACACACGUACAGUACACACACCGGCGAGGGGAAAAAAGGGGAUGGCCUAGCUGUGUCUGUGCUGUCAGUGGUCUAUCAACGGUGAGCUACCUGGACCAGAGUAGGUGUGUACCAGAGGCAGCAGCAGGGCGCAGAGAUGAGUGUGACCUCCUGGUUCCUGGUGAGCAGCGGGGGCACUCGCCACCGACUGCCCCGGGAGAUGAUCUUUGUCGGACGGGAUGACUGUGAGCUCAUGCUACAGUCCCGCAGUGUGGAUAAACAGCAUGCAGUCAUUAACUACGAGGCUGGGACGGAUGAACACAAGGUGAAGGACCUGGGCAGCCUGAAUGGGACCUUUGUAAAUGAUGUCCGUAUCCAGGAGCAAAUGUACAUUACCCUGAAGUUGGAGGACAAGCUGAGGUUUGGAUAUGAUACCAACCUGUUCACGGUGGUGAGAGGAGAGCUCACUGUGCCUGAGGAGGCUCUAAAGCAUGAAAAGUUCACGAGCGGACUCCAGCUCAGCAAGAAGUUAUCCAAUGGUGAAACCACUACCAGUACAACCACAAGCAAGUCUCCCACGAAGACCCCAACCAAAACCCAGAAGUCCCCCAGUGGUGGCGCCGCAAGGACAGGGGAGAGCAGAGCAACAGUUGGGGUCACGUCCUCCAAAGAGCCACCAGCUAAACCUGUGGACAGUCACAAAGCAGAGGAGAGGAUAGGAGGGGAUGUCACAGCGCUGCCUCGUGGGACCCCUCUGUACGGCCAGCCAUCUUGGUGGGGGGAUGGGGAUGCAGAUGAUGAAAACUCCUUCAAACAGGACACAAAGUCAUCCACCAAAAAGCAUGACGGCUCCAUUUCAGACGCCAAAGAGGCCCGACGAGGGGAGAAGGCUAAAGAGGACUGUCUUCAUGCCUCCACCGCUCACGAUUCCAGUUACUUUGAGAUCCCUACCAAGGAGGGUCACGUGGCCACUAACGGCAUCCAUGAGAUUCCCACUAAGGACACAGAGGGCAGUAACGUUACAGCUCAAGGUCACGCCUCCUUCACCAUAGAGUUUGACAACACUUCUCCAGGGAAAGUCACCAUUAAAGACCAUGUGUCAAAGUUCACAUCUGACCACCACAGAUCUCGCACCAAGAAGAGUGGCGCAGGAAGUGGAAGUGGAGGAGGGAGGGACUUGAGCACACUUCAAGCGGCUAUGAUGGCAUCAGAGAGCAAGGUGGCUGACUGGCUGGCCCAGAAUGACCCCACUCUGGUGCGCAGCGAGUCAACAGAGGACGACAGCAAGAGCAUCAAGAGCGACGUGCCCGUCCAUCUCAAAAGACUGAAAGGCAGCAAACAUGAGGAUGGCACCCAGAGUGACUCUGAAAAUGGACUGGGCUUGCGUUUUGCCAACCGCCGGCAUGCCCUCGAGGAACGUCUGAAUGCAGCGCGCGGCCACGCAGGAGGAGGAGCAGUGGGAGCAGGCGGUGGGAACAACACAGUGAGCAGCUCCCGGACAACUGGCACCCGCACUGCCUUCAUGAUCGAGUUCUACGACGAAGAAAAUCCUCGCAAACGCCGGUCGUACUCAUUUUCCCAGACUGCACCCCUGCUGGGGGGAGGAGCUGGUGGGGAGGGACUGUGUCCUCAGCCUCCAUCCCACCCCAAGGUGUUCAGCAUUUCCACCUCUGCUACUACAGCCUCAGAUUCAGGUAAAGCCCCAGCUCCAAUACCAGCUACAGUGACUGUAGGGGCUCCUACGGCUGCCCGCGUGUUGCUCAAGCAGAGGUCUGAGGACCCGAGUAUUGGUCGGAGCUCAGCCAGUACUGGGCUGGCGACAGGUAGCCCCACCAGCCCCAGCGAGGACGCCUCGGUCGUGGGGAGAGGAACAGGGAGAGCUGGAGGAGAGGCAGAGGAUGAUCACAGUGAUAAGGGGACCUACACUAUUGAACUGGAGAACAGGAACCCAGAGGAAGAGGAGGCCAGACGCAUGAUAGACAAGGUGUUCGGUGUUCAGCAGAACCAAGACUCCUCUGUUCUGUCAGACCUGAAAGAACCAGGAAAAGGAAAAGAGACAGGACAGACGGAAAAAGAGGCUCUUGCUGGUGAUUCGAGCUGGGUCUCUCAGUGGGCCAGUCUUGCUGCCAAUCACACCAGGACUGACCCAGAGGGAUCGGGAGCAGAGACAGCCACCUACCUGCACAAAGAAAGCGGAGUUGAUGCCUUUGAGUCUGGUGCAUCACUAAGCAGAGGGGAAUCCUCCUCCAGUCUGACCGACCGUAAGCGCAGGACCCUUCCCCAGCUCCCUCUGGAUGACCCCCGGGCUAAAUCCAGCACCAAAGCCCUGAGGUCUGAGAUUGGGGAAAAACAGGACACUGAACCCCAGGAAAAAGAGAACAAGGUAGACUGGGAGUCCCCAACUCCCAUGGAGGACGGUGACAUGGCCAGCAAACGGAGACAAAGCUCCACUUCCUCUCCAUCCAAAGCUCCUCCCCGGACCUCUGGCAGCUCGGAGCGGAGAAAGAGGUCAGAGGAGAGGAAAGGAGGAGGAGGAGCAGGAGAAGGAGGGGAAAAGUCUGGCAAACCUCUAGUGCGCCAGGGCAGCUUCACUAUCGAGAAGCCCAGUGCUAAUGUCCCUUCAGAGCUCAUCCCACGCAUCAACAGAGGCGGCAGUGGGCGCGAACGCAGUGACUCUGUGAGUAGCAUGGAUACUGCUACCCUCCUGAAAGACACUGAAGCUGUCAUGGCAUUCCUGGAGGCCAAACUAAGAGAUGAAAAUAAACUAGACCAGAAGAGUUGUAAAACUGGCAGCACAACUCAGGGUUCAGGUUCUGGCUUCCCCCUACGGACUGACUCCAUUUCUCCUGAGUCAGAUGUGGACACAGCCAGCACAGCUAGUCACGUGGCUGGAGAAGCAGAAAGGAAAACAGCUAGUGGUAGUGUACAAAAACGACGUUCAUUCAGCAGUAUGCACCGGGAGAAGAGCAACAUGAGCACGGCUUCCAAGACCAGUGUCACUAAUGCAAGUGCCCGUGAGCGCUUAGAGAGGAAGACUAAAACAAAAACUGUGGAGGGGACAAGCAGGACUGAUGCACGCCGCUCUGUUCAGCCUUCAUCAGCCUCCUCCAGAGCUCGACAGCCUUCACUGGACCUCACUGAUGAUGAUCUGACUUCUUCCUUCCCCAUCUCUGACAUUCUCUCCUCGGACCAGGAGACCUACUCCGGACCCCUGGGGCACUCUGCUCCUGGACGAGGCUUAGAUGCUGCCCUCCAUUCCAAACAUGAUAGCAGGUCUGCCAAGACCUCCACCAGUGGCUCCUCCAAAACCAGCCGCACUCUCCAGGCAGCCACAGCCUCCUCCCUAAGCAAGCAGGCGUCACUGCCACAGCCACGGCCCACAAGGGCCUCCCUUCUUCGUCGCGCCCGGCUGGGGGACACAUCUGACACAGACUUAGCUGAUGCGGACAGGGUGUCUGUGGCGUCCGAGGUGUCCACCACCAGCUCCACCUCUAAGCCGCCAUCUGGUCGGAAGGGAUUGUCUCGACUGGACAUGCUGGCUCAACCGCGUAGGACCCGUUUGGGCUCCAUCUCAGCCCGCAGUGACUCCGAGUGCACAGUGACCAGGAGCUCCACCUCUUCAGCGCGCCUGUCAGCGGAGACUGCUCUGCGCCUGGGCUUGCGCUCAUCGACGCCCACAGAGAACAGACUGACACCUCGGAUGAGGGCCAACAGCGUGUCCAAACUGAAUGAGUUCAAACCCAAGACCACUACAUCUGGAUACUGCUCGCCGACAGAGAGCUCUCAGCCUGAACCUGAGGGUGGUGAUGCAGAGGAAGAGCUGAUUGUGUCCAGCAGCAGCAGGUGGAGACGUCUGCCACAAGAGUAUGGCUCCACCUCAGAAGAAGAAUUUGGCUCCAACCGGAACUCGCCGAAGCACGGAGGACGCUCCCAUGUGCGGCCUCAUCACCUCGUCCCACACCGCAGCUCAAGGCUCAGCACAACCCCGAGUCCAGGCUCUGCCGCGGCCACAGGUCCAGGUGGAGUGGGGAUCAAACAUCGCAUGAAAGAGCAAGAGGAGUACAUCAGGGACUGGACAGCACACAGCGAGGAGAUAGCCAGGUUAUUCCCCUGUGUGCGCAGGAUCAGCCAGGACCUGGCUAAGGAUUUGGCCAUCUUGGCCCGUGAGAUCCACGACGUGGCCGGCGAGAUCGACUCAGUCAGCUCAUCCGGCACAGCACCCAGCACCACCGUCAGCACUGCCGCCACCACCCCGGGAUCAGCUAUCGACACCCGGGAAGAGGUAGGCCCUGCACGUUCAACGCAGCCGGACAUACAGGAGAGCAUGAGCAAGUUGGUGGAUCGGGUGUUUGAUGAGAGCCUUAACUUCAAGAAGAUCCCGCCUGUGAUAUCAACCAAUAAGGCACCAGAGAUCAAUGGUAAGCCAGUGGAGCUCCGCCCCCAUGCUCCUGACAGCCUGGAACCCCGAGCCCUGAGGAGACGGACCUGGAACCGAGAGGAGGCGGUGUUGGACAGCUUGCUGCUCAAUUCAGUUUCUCAACUGUCCACUAAGAUCAGACACUCUACUGACAAAACUGCAGGAAAAAUCAGGAUUUUGUUUAAGGAUAAGGACAGAAACUGGGAUGAAAUUGAGACAAAACUGCGAUCGGAAAGUGACAUACCCCUCCUGAAAACCUCCAACAAGGAGAUUUCCUCAAUUCUUCUCGAACUGAAGAGAGUUGAGAAGCAGCUUCAAGUGAUCAAUGUCAUGGUUGACCCAGACGGGACUCUGGAUGCCCUGGCCAGCCUCGGCCUAACCAGCCCCACCACCCCUACCAAGCCCCAAACGGCCAAAACAACUCCCCCCUCUGCCACCAAACCUGGGUCCGCGACCCCAGCCAAAGAAUCGCUGCCGGAGACCCUUCCCGGGCCUGGAGGAUCAACAGCAUCCGCCAGGGUCCAGGCUCCAUCUGCCAGCACAGAGGAAACUGCACGAGAGCGCAGUGUGGGUCUGGGGUUAUCAGGAGUCGCAGGACUGCACUUCAACCGUAUGCGGCCGAGCGGAGAGGAGGCCAUCGCACAGAAGUGAGCAUGAAGUGUUUUUUUUCUGACAGAACAGUCACCAAUCUGUUGACUGUUUUGCAACAAGUGACCAGAAAUGUGCUUCAACUUUAGACUCCACAAACCCCAACUGUUGCAUCCCAUGAAUGGAUAUUGACCCAUGUCUGAUUUGGAUAUAUUUCAUAUUACCUUUUCAACCUUGAACUCGUCAUUCUUACCGGACAACCCGACCAUCAGACGGACUAAAUGCUACCUGGCUGCUCUCAGUGGACAGACCUCUGUGGCAAUACCGUCUCCACUCUCCCACCAGUCUCCUCUUGCCUUCUCCAUGUGUCAGGACCAUACCUACACUAGGGGCAUGCCUUAAAACACAUCCUUCAUAGUACCAGUGUAACCCCUCAAAUAAUAUACGAGACAACUUUUUCGACUUUAACACAGUAAUUUCAGGCAAACAGAAUGCAUUGUAAACACUCGCAAAAUGUUCUAUUUACACUAUCAUGAAAUGCAACCCUGCAAUAAUUUAUUAGCCCUUAUUCAGUACAAAGAAUAUUUCUGCAGUCUUAAGUAGCCACAUAGUUGUAAACAGUCAGGAUUUAUACCUGAAACAGCUGACAAAUAAAGUAGAAUUGCAAAGUUUUAUAUAUUUCAUAACUCUGUCCGUCCAUUGAACUACCAUCAACCAGGAUUUGUAGUGCCUCCCCAUCGCUGUGCUCACCUAUCUUUACUAUCAUCUUUUACACUUUCCUUCCCCUCCUUCCCUUUUUGGAAGGAUUAGUUACAUGUUGCUGACAGCCUUUCAUCUGCCAGUUAGUGUCUGCGUUGAUCUUGCCUAUAUUAAAUGAUAAAUCAAUUAUCAUUUUCAGUCGAAAUAAUGACUUACCAACGUUACCAUUUUCUUGAUAUUAUCAUUCCCAAACAUAAGAGUCAUCGUAGUGCAACAGCUGAUAUGUCAAUAUUUAAUGUUUUAGAUCGGAGUUACCUUCCUACAGAAUCAAAAAGCUAAUUUAUUGAAAUACUAGUUUAAUCAUUGCUGCCAUAUCUGCUGUCGACUCAUGUGACAUGGCCUGUCAGAAUCAGUGCUCUUAUCCUUUUUCUAAAGCAAGUCCACUCAAGUGUCCUAUGAUUUCCAAUUGGCUUUUUUGUACCUUUUACAGUCACAGGUGAUGGAACCUCUUCUUAAACUAGCACGGACGAGCAGUUUAAAACUAAAUAUGUUGUGAUAUUCAGAAACUGGUAUUGUAUUGUAGAUACAUGCCUUUACAUGUCAGACCUUUACUUUUUUAUGAUUCAAGUGACCUCACAAUAACUCCCAUCUUCUUUAACUAUCACUAAACAGUUUGAGCUCAUGUACACACAAAACCUGAACAUUUGGAAAAGCUAUCUUAGUUAAUGUCUCGUCACAAAGAAAAUGGUCAACUUUAAUAAAGGCCUUUUGUGGUUAGAAAUGUAUCUUUGAGGAAUGUCAGUGAGUAUACAUAAUGACAUCUUUGAAAAUAAGAUCCCCACCUAUUGUAUGAAAUUGGCUCCUAACACAGCUCCAUGCCAGUGUAUAUACAGAAGGUGCAUUGUUCUGUUUCCACCAAUUGGGAAAGAUUUGCAGACAGACAGUAGAGUUAAUCUCUUUCUCAUUGACUUUGCUGAUUUUGCAGUCAACUCCAUUGGGACAAACCAUUUUCUUAAUCUCUGUUCAGCAUAUAGUCUUUCUUCUAGAGUAAGACGACUUCAAUGCAGUGUAUUAGUACUUAGAUAUUAUCACAAUAGUGAAUUUAGGUACCAAAAUACUUUCAUUUCCUUAUCUCUAUACUGUACUGCACAGUGUCUUUCAUUGCCUAAAAGUGCCCAUUUUGACUAUAGAGGGGCAUUAAUUAAAAAGAACUUAAAAGAUGUAGCUGUCUAAAAUACUACCUUAUUUUGCACAUCAGAUUGUGGAUUUUUUUUCCAUGCAAAAGUAAUGAAAGGUGCUUUAGAUGUCAGAUGGUUUGACAAAGAAUAUCACCAUGUCUGAUAUCAGAAGUGACUGCCUUGCCUCUCCGGAGCUGUUCUGUCUGUACAAACGAAGCCUCCAAUUCUGUCACGUUUUUUUUUUCUUCCCAUUUUAUAAAAAAGAAAAAGAAAAAAUUAAUUAGGGGACUGUGAAUGCUUGGUACAUCUUUGUUAAAUUCUACAUGUCAUCUGAUCAGUGUUGUUUUUUUCCUCAUCAUUUUUGUAAAGACACCAUUUUAUUUAUUUUGUUUUAAUAUUUUGUGGAUGUUUCAUGUAUUUUAUAUUUGUUCAACUAUCUGCAUUGUUUCUUACUGUUAAUAAAAAUGGAGCCAUUCA